UGUGAAAACCCAGAAUGGUACUUAGGGAGGGUUGGGGGGUUCUUGACUUGUUUCUAUCCGACGGUGACCCAAUUCUAUAACAUGGGUAUCCAAAACGACGUCGAAAUCAGAAUCCUAUGCCGGAAGCUGCUGAUACUGAAGAAAGAAGCUGGCCUGCAAUGGCUGAUCGCCUCCCCGUUCCUACCUUCGGUUAGCAUCGUCUCCACCCUUCGGUGCCUCCACACUACCUCCGACGAUCCCCUCUCUCCUCACCUCCCUAAGGAAUCAGAUGAAAUCAAGAGUCUGAUUCCGAAGGGUUUUGAAGUAAUCGGGGCAGUGAUUGUUCAUGAUAAGACUGAAUUGAAGUUGGAAAAAAUUGCGAGGGAUGCUAUUUCAGCUGUUACGAAUCUUAGGAAGAUCCUUUAUGGUGAUGGCAAUGGAGAUCAGGUGUUGAUUGGAGCUGUGCUGAGUCUGAACAAUGGCAGUGGUGAACGUGAUCUGGAGUUUUUCAUAUCAAGGACAGGAAAUUUACGUAAUUUGGAGAAAGCAAGCACUGUUGUUUAUGAAACUCAGCCUGAGAAGCAAGUAUGGGAGAAAGGUUGUAUAAUUCGGUGCGAACUUCCUCUGAAUUUGCCUCUGUAUUAUGCUUCAAACAAUCCUAAAGAUGUGGAAGAUGCAUAUGCACGAGCCAUUGAAGUUGUGGAACACAAACUUAGAGAUCCACAAGUUGCAUACAUCAUAGAAGCCCAAAGUAAACCUUCAACCAGUGGACCUGAACCUGUCAUUAUUCAUGGAACAGAACUGGAGCCGCCAGCUGAGCUUCCAAGAAACGUUAUUGUACUUGAAACUGCUGAAGAAUCCCUUCUAAAAUCUAUCACAUGUUCAUACUUUUUCGUGGAAACUAAGAACAUAUCAUCUUUUACCUCUGUGGAGGAGGAUGCAGAUAAACUUCUAGUCAGUGUCAUGUUUAAUAGGUCAAGAAGUAAUUUGAAACCUGCUGCGCCGAAUGCUGAAUUUUAUCCAGCAAUGGCAGAAGCUAAACUCUUGGUUGUAAAUCAUAAAUUGGAAGUGUUGGCCUAUGCUACAAAGGAUCUUCUGCUCACGCAUAUGGUUUCCAAAUUAAUCAUCCCUGGAUUAGUUGACCAGUUACAUUCAUUGAAGAACAAGAUCCUGCCAGAUCUCUUAGUACAACAUCCACGGCUGCGGCCAUACCAUUUCAUUCCUUCAGGACUUGUACAUCCAGUCACAGUUUUAUAUGAACUUAGCUAUGGGGAGACAGAGAUGAAACAAGUUGAAGCCCGAAGAUCCCUCCACCUGAGACUAGGGUUGCCAUUUGAUCGGCCUCUUCUACGAAUUGCUAAUGCUAUAAACAUAUCUUCAGUAAAGGGAAACAAAAGGGACAAAUCAAAUCAAAGGGGCUCCUCUUUGCUCAAGGAUGUUCAUCAGGGCAUUCCAAGCAGUGGGGUAUCUGGUGGAAGCAUUUCUCUAAUUCAAGGUUCUUACGAGUAUUAUCAUUACCUCCACGAUGGAUUUGAUGAUUCGGGAUGGGGUUGUGCAUAUCGCUCUCUUCAAACUAUCAUUUCUUGGUUCAGGCAGCAACACUAUACUUCCAUUGGUGUCCCUUCACACAGAGAAAUACAACAGGCACUGGUAGAGAUUGGAGAUAAGGACCCUUCAUUUAUUGGGUCACGAGAAUGGAUUGGGGCCAUUGAGUUAAGUUUUGUUUUGGACAAGCUACUCGGGGUCAGUUGCAAGGUCAUCAACGUGAGAUCCGGAGCCGAGCUUCCAGAGAAAUGUAGAGAGCUUGCACUGCAUUUCGAGACUCAAGGAACACCCAUCAUGAUAGGUGGAGGGGUUCUAGCGUAUACUCUCUUGGGGGUUGAUUACAAUGAAACAAGCGGAGAUUGUGCAUUUCUCAUACUCGAUCCCCACUACACAGGCAACGACGACAUAAAAAAAAUAGUGAAUGGGGGGUGGUGUGGAUGGAAGAAGGCUGUUGAUAGCAAGGGAAAGCAUUUCUUCUUGCACGAUAAGUUCUACAAUCUUCUGCUUCCCCAGAGGCCCAACAUGGUGUAGAACUAUGUCGUUGAAGUGGGUGCAAAGGCAGCAUACUUUUUAUGAUUUGAGCAGUUCUUCAUUUCCUUUCUUGAUCCCAUAGGACAGUGCAUUUGGAUUAGCAUUCAUGAAUCGAGUUUGAAAAUACCAUAGGACGAGAAUUAUCUCUGAGAUUGGACUUCUAUUUAUACUGAUGUGCUAUGAUUUGCGUUAUUGGAUGUUGUUGUACUUGUACAACUUUGUCGAUAUCGAACUUGCAACAUUUCACCAUUUUUACAAAAAUUAAUUCUUUCAUUCUCAUA